AUUGACGGAACGUCAAUUGUCGAGUUUUCAGAAUCGGUCAGAGAUGCUGCUGCUGAUCCUGUUCGGCCUAAGCCUAGGCUUAAUUACUUGGCUCAAACUGGUCUGGAGUAAUCGAUAUGCUCGUCGAAUUCCUACAAUCCGGUCCGCUUGGCCAGUUGUUGGUCACUGUUUGAAGUUUGUGCGUAAAUCCACCCGGGAGGCAUUCUGGGCCGUUGUCGAAAGUUUUGCCCAAGUGGACCGUUUGGGCAAACUGAUGCUGGGUCCGGUGCCGAUAGUUUUCGUCAAUCAUCCGGAUCUACUUAAGGAACUUUUCGGACGAGAUGAUCUCCACGAUAAGCCGUUCUUUUACGAUUUCAUGGGACUCGGAGGAGGAUUGAUUACCGAAAGAGCCGGUCUGAAAUGGCGUCACUCAAGGAAAAUGUUGAAUCCCACCUUCAAUACUCGGAUGCUGACCGGGUUUGUACCGAUCAUGGAUGCUCGCGCUAGGAAAUUAACCAGCAGACUUGCCCCUUUUGCUGAUGGUCGGUUUCAAAUUGACAUCAUGAAGUACAUAGGCGAAUGCACUCUGGAGAUUGUUUACAACACAACCAUGGGUCGAAAUGCUAGUGAACUCCCGGGUCAGAAGGAAUACGUUCACAACUUGGAAGUAGUAAUGACUUGCCUAGGAGAGAGAAUGCUCAAUGUAAAUCAGCAUCUAGGCUUCAUCUAUCGCUUUUCGAAGGAAUACAAGAUUGAUCAGCACUCAAGACUUCUUUGUAACGAUUUCACGGAUAAGAUUAUUCGGGAACGAAAGCGGGAGCUGAAGAGUGAAGAAAAUGAUACUACCAUUGAUAAAGAAGAAACCCUCAGAAAGUCUCUCAACUUUCUGGACCAGAUUCUGACGAUCAAAAACGAAAAUGGCAAAGGCUUUCCGGACGAAGAGAUUCCAGAUCAUUUGUAUACUAUCAUGAGCUCGGCUCAUGAUACAUCAGCCCUUACUACGGCCUACACAUGUCUGUUUCUUGCGAUGUACCCCGAGGUUCAGAACAAGGUUUUAGAGGAAAUGAACGAGGUAUUCUACAAUCCAUCAGUGGAGGUCAAUCAGGACACCCUGAAGCAACUGGAAUACACCGAAAUGGUCAUCAAAGAAGUCCUACGCCUGUGUCCAGCAGUUCCGAUGGGAGCUCGACAAACUUCCACCACCAUUCAGCUGGACGACAUCGAAAUUCCACCAGGGCAAAUCCUCGCGUACUGUCUGUUCACCCUGCAUCGGCGACCCGACUUCUGGGGACCGGAUCCGGAACGCUUCGAUCCGGAAAGGUUUAGUCCACAGGCGGUUGCAGAUCGGCAUCCGCAUGCCUAUCUUCCGUUUGCUGCCGGGCUGCGUAAUUGUAUUGGAUCCCGUUACGCGUGGAAUUCGAUGCGCAUCAUGUUGUUGAGGAUUGUGCAAAAUUAUGAGCUGCAAACGGAUCUGAAGCAAUCGGAUCUGCGGUUCAAGUUUGAGAUUACGCUCAAACUUGAUGGACCACAUCUUGUACGGUUGGUGAGAAGGGACUCAACCUAA